UUGGUAUUUAUUAUCUAUGGGUAACACUGCCGCCGCCAUAGCAUGCCAUAACGAAAACAUUUUAUAAUUUUAGUGUGUUAUCAAAAUAACAGACCGAUUCAUUAAAAUUUAACUCCUAGGAAUUAUGGCAAUUGUUGAAGAUGAAGUUCGUAAUGGAUCAGAAGGAGAGGAUGAAAUUGAAGUGGUUGUCGAAGAAGAAGACGGUGACCAAGAUUCUGACGAUUCAGACGAUGACGAUGAUGAUGAAGUUGAAGAUGCUAUGGAGAAAGUAAAUGAAUUAGAAAGGAGAAUAGAAGAAGACCAUUAUAAUUAUGACGAUCACAUAAGUUUAAUUCAGGCGUUAUGGCGCUUAUCAGACUUAGAUCGAUGGAGAGCUGCAUUUGAUAGACUUCAAAAUACUUUAGUGCUAAGACCAGAACAUUGGCUUCUGAGAAUUCAAACUGAAGAAUCAUUAGCCCAUACAAGUGAAGCUCAGGCAGAGAUAGUUAAUCUUUUUAAGCUGGCUACCCUUGAUUGUUAUUCCAUAUCUAUUUUAAGUGAAUGGUACUCAUGGUCAUUAAGCAUUAAUGACGUAACAGAAGUGCGUGGGCAACUUGAAGAGGUGUUACGACGUGCAGGUGCUGAUCCACUUUCAGGAAAAGCCUUUUGGGAUGCCCGGUAUGAGAUGGAAAAAGCCCAACUUGAAGCCAUGAGUGAAGAUGAUUCAGAGUAUGAAACACAAAAGAAGCGUGUACUAUGGUGCUUGGAAGAGACAUUGUCGCGACCGCUUAUCAGAGGUGAGGAAGUGUGGCAGCCAAUGGAAGAAUUAGCACUACAAUUAUAUGACCAGGAGUAUGUGGAUAAGAUAAAAAAGGUCCACGAAGUGGCUGUUGAAUAUUUGCAGAAAAUAAGUGGAUUUGAAGAUAAAUUAUUGGUUAUUGAGGAUGUUGAAGAAAAAUACAAAAUGUACCAGGAGUAUAUAGAUACAGUGAAGGACUUAUCCCAAAACGAAAAGUAUUCGGAAUGCGACAGUAACGGUAUACUAAAGGUUUUAUAUGAUCGUGCGACUACAGAAUGCCUUACGUCGUCUCAAUCGCACGAUCUGUUACUCGCGUACGCGCGUCACGUGCAACGUACAUCGUCACGUGAGACGAUACGUCGCGUGCUAGACUCGUGCACGCGGAGAUGUCCACGGAAAUCAACCUUCUGGGUGCUGAAGAUGCAGCAGGCUGAACAUGAGAAUAAGGAGUUUGACGAGGUAAAAACUAUAUUCGAAACGGCUCUAUCAAAAGGAAUGGAUUCGUACAAAGAAGCUGAGACCCUAUGGUUGAGUUACUGCGAAUAUACACGGCGGAAGACGGCUUUCGACAAUGAACCGGAAGUAGAAAGACUAAGGUCCACGUUUCGACUCGCUUGGGAUUCAUUGGCCGAGGCUUGGGGCGAAGAAGCCAAUGAUUGUGAAGUACCACUGUUCUGGGCUAGACUCGAAUACAAGAGAAUGAAAGACCCAAAGCAAGGGAAGGAGAUAUUUGAAGAAAUAUUUAAGUACGGUGAAAAUAAAACCCUAUCUAAAUACUGGGAAGCCUUAAUAUACUUGGAAAAGUGCCGAGAGCCACCAGCCAACGAGAGACGGUUGCGCGAAUUACAUCGGCGAGCUUUACGAAGUGUCACAGAUUAUCCACCGACACUUGUUCGUCUCUGGACAGACUUUGAAAGGGAUACUGGCGAGCUACAGACUAUGUUAGAAUGUUCAGAGCUGUGUCAGGCUAAAGUAAAAGAAUGGCGAGACAACUAUCAAGCGAUGAAAGAAAAGAUGACGGGUCAAAAACAAAAAGGAAAACAGACACAAAACAAAAAAGGAAAGAUAGACAAAAGAAAGCAGACAAACCCUCAAGGGAAAAGAAAGUCAGGGGAAACACCUGAAGGUAGUGACGUGAAGAGGAAAAGAGAAGGAGAUAUGGAAGUGGAAGAGAGCGAAGGAAAUAAAGACAGGGGGAGCGGGACGAAACGACGUCAUGAUGAUGAUGAUGAAGGUGAUAAUAAACGCCAACGUAAAGAAAGUACGAGCGAGACGAAGCGGUUUGGUACGAGAGAGGCUUGUACUCUAUUUGUUAGCAAUCUCGAGUUCAAGGUAGAUGAAAAAGGCCUACGUGAAAAGUUAUCUGAGUUCGGUAAAAUUGUGUCAAUGAGGGUAAAAGCUGGAGUCAAAGCUUUCGGUGGAUCUAUAUGUUACUGCCAGUAUGAAACGCCGGAAUCAGUAGACGAAGCAGUAAAACAUGACCGUUUACCGUUAAACGGUAGACCGAUGUUCCUUUCGCGGUAUACGGCGACGAAAAGUACACCCACAUUCAAAUAUCCCACCGAUGUUGAGAGGAAUAAGUUGUUCGUAAAGAAUUUACCAUUUUCCCAUUGCACUAAAGAGGCUCUUACUGAGAUAUUUGAUAAACACGGUGCUUUAAAGGACGUACGAGUCGUCACUUUCAAAGAUGGAAAACCCAAAGGCCUUGCAUACAUAGAGUAUGAAGAUGAGGCAUCAGCAAACACGGCGUUGGACAAGACAAAUGGUCUACUAGUCGCCGAUCGGAAGAUAGAUGUCGCUAUAAGCGCACCUCCGCCAAAGAAAGACGCAGGGCAAGUUAGUCUCGGCUUGCCCAAACGAGAUACGGGAGGAGGAAUGAGACGGACACAGCUCAGUAGUUUCAUUCCCAGCGUGCUUCAAAAGGCAUCCACAAGUAAUGGCAAAGGCUCAGCCAAUGGCGACAAACGACCGCUCUCAAACCACGACUUUAGAAAUCUUCUGCUCAAAAAGUGAUGCGAACAACAUAGUUUUGUCCGAUUUGUAUAGUUAAAGCAUUAUUCAUAAUGAAAAAAGUUGAUUAUGCUCUCUGGGCCGAAAACUCAUAAAUAAUUAUUACAAUGAAGAGGCGUCUGUGAUGGCGUAGAUAAGGCUUGGUUUCAAUUCCAGGAAUUCGGUUCUAAGAUUAUUUGGCUUGGAUGAAAAUGACCAAUGAUAACUAACACUAGCACACUAUCUACACUAACACACUAACAAAACACUAUUGUCUGCCCCAUCUGGUUACGGGUGAGAAAGUUGAGUGUGAGUAAAAUUUAAGCCGACAUUUUACUGCACACAAGAACAGAGAAAUAAUGAUAUUCAAUAAUUUUUUAAGCUAUCAUAAACAUUGAAGUUACUUAAACAAAACAUAAUAAUUCUACUGGUUAACAAUUUUAUGUGUUAGUUAAAUAUUUAAGUCAAACCUAUAUAUUGGGGUCUUCUCAGGAAUUACAACGAUAGAGUGGCUUCCUUUUGGUAUAAAAUAAAAUUUAUAAGUGUUUGCACUACGCAAUGAAUAAAGAUUAUCUUUGAAUUUAAAAUUAGGAUUUCUUUUCCAUUUCACAUUUGUAGGAUUUAAUGAGUAUACACCCUUCUAUUCUUCAAUUUUUUUUACAGUUAGGCUAUUACGUAAUUUCAGUAUUGAGUUUUCGUGAUCACAAUUUGAAACAUCGGCAUCAAUUUAUUGAAUUUACGUGGUAACCUACAUUUGUUUUUUAAAAGUUAAUGUAGAAUAACUAACCGUUACUUUAGAAAUGUAUAUUUCUGAACUAUAGUUCCGUUUUUUUAUCGCAAAAUACCAAUGACAGUCGUGAAUUUCUUACAUAUUAAAAGUUUAUAUAGAACGAUUUCUUAAUAAAUUCAACGUCUCCUGAAUACAUAAUACCAAUAUAGUCACUUUACCCUUUAACUUUAUCACAACUGCAUUAUUUGACGCAAAUUAUGGAGGAAUGUUGAAUGCCACAGAUUACAUUUGGUAUAGUUUUGAUUCUUAAUCGCAUAAAAUCCCGUACGAGAUAAUCUCCUUUUAAUGCAGGUCCAUAUAGUGCGAUCAACAUUAUUAAUACUAGAUCCCCUUCAAUGUUCAUAGGAAGUUAACUCAUUAGCUUCAGAUUUUACCUUACAAGUGUUUACAGGGUGUACCAUUAAUAAACAUCAGCUAAAGUCGGGUGAUGGAGCAUGAUUAGGCCUAACCUAAACCCAGAAAAUUAAUUUAAGAAAACUAUUUUCUUUGUGUAUUUUUUUGAAUUUUACGACUAAGUACGCCAUUUUUUAAUUUUACUUGCCAACAUUGAGCAGUAUUUUUUUAACAUGGUCCGAUAAAGAAAGGUAAAAUUUAAGGGUGCAUAAAAUAUUUUUACAUAUUUGAAUGGAUUUUCUAAAAAUAUGCUAUUUUUUAUUAAUUUUCUUUGAUUCGCCUAUCACCUGCAUUGACUUAUGGGUCACCUAUAUAUAGGAUUUUUAUUCCGCCAGUAGAAUGGCCGUCAAACUUUGUUUUAAUGUAAAUAGUUAUAUUUGAGUCAAACCAAUACUAAGCCAAUUUAGAAACGGAUUAGUUGUAUGCCGUAUUUUAAAGCUAUUGUUAAAUGUUUAUUGAAAGUCAAAAAUAAGUCGGUUUUAUUUGUAUAAUGUAGCUCUUAGUAAAGAAUAUCCUUUGUAUAGAUUUUUUUCUAAAUAAUUCAUAUAUGUCUGGUACGGCCUUAUGUGAAUUGAAUAAAACCUUUUUUUA